AGAUUAUUAAUCCAAGAGCUCCGCAGACCCAGCUGCUAUGAAAACGCAAUGUAAACCCCAACUUUCCUAGUGAUCGACAUCAACUGAAAAUAUUAUCCCUGCUUUCAUUGCUCCUAGCUCCAGGCCAAACUCAGUGACAAGAAUUGCAUUAAUAAAUCCCAUCUUAUAGAAAACUAAAAGUCAAUGAGAAGAGCACAAAAAGAGUGGAGCAGUGUGGAAAAGACCUGCUGAGAAUCCAAAUAAAUUGCUAUUUUAUUUGACCUUCAAUAGAGAGGAGGCUAGAAAUCAUCCGUAAGUGCUAAAGCCGUUUAGUGAUCUUUGUGUUGCCAGACUUGCAGUUUCUGCCACAAAGUUGAUCUGUCAUCAGCUAAAAUGUGUCCACGAGCUGCUCGGCUGCGCAAAACAGCGUAAAGCAGUGUAAAAUAUCUCCAGUGCCUGUGUUACUUUAUAAAACACGCAAGAUAUUUCGAGCUAAAGAGCGGAGGGUCAGAAAGGGUUCUCGGGCCCAGGUGGCAGCACUCUGGCAGGGUCGCUGGUCACCUGUGAUUUAAGCCCGACUCUGCCAGCUGCACCAUGAAAUGUUAAUGUUGGCAAUGUUUUUAAGUGACUCCCUUUCUUUCCCUUUUUUUUCUUAUUUUUGUUCCCUAUUUACGCAACCAGCAUUUGCUCUAUUCCACACCCUUGUGGUAUGUACGCUCGCCACGACGGUAUUAUAUUAUUCAUGGGUAUUAUGCUAUUCUUCCUUUGCUCCCUCCGUUGCACGAGUACGGGUGGCAAACUAAUCUUCACCUCUCACUGCAAAAACCCCAGGGGAAAUUCCUUAACUGCCCAUCACUUCCCACCUGCUUGCUGGGUGGGAACAUGCUGCAAGAGCCUUUGCCCCAUCUCUUCGCUGCCAGGAAAGUCUUUGCUAACCGCCGCUCACUGUGACGACUCCCGGGACCUCGCGGUGUGGACCUCGUGGUGUGAACCUCGCCAGGACCUCGCGGGUGCGCCCAUCGGGCCACCAUGCUCCCCGUCCCGCUGCUUGUCCUCCUGGCCAGCCUCGUCCCGCACGUCCUUGGCUCAUGGGGUGUCACCUACCCUGAAGCCCUGCAGGGCCUGAUGGGCUCAUGCGUGGUCAUCCCCUGCACCUUCAGCUACCCCAGCAGCGUCUCGGCCAGCGCCGGCAUCGUGGCCAUCUGGUACAAGGAUUACAAUGGCCAGAAGACCGUGGUCUACCACUCGGCAGCCCAAGACGAGGUGGACGACGGGUUCAGGAACCGCACCAGGCUCCUGGGGGACCCCGCCGAGCACAACUGCACGUUGCUCCUCUGGGAGGUGACACCAGAGGACAGCGGGACCUACAGGUUCAGGUUUGAGAUCGUGGAUGGUGACCGGUGGUCAGCUGAGCAGGACGUGGUGCUGAUGGUGUCGGAUGUCCCCGAGCGCCCAACCACCACGGCCAACGAGGAGGUCUCCGAGGGAGCCGUAUCCACCUUCGUCUGCUCCACUCCCUACGCCUGCCCCUUCGGCAGCGUCACCCUGAGCUGGAGGGGCUACAACGCGCAGGUCUCCUCUCUGUCCACCAGCGUCCAGCUGGACACCAGCGGGGUGAAUCUCCGCGAGACCCUCACUACCUCCUUCUCCUGGAAGGACCAGUCUAAAAAAUUGCUCUGCGAAGUUUCUUUGGGGUCCAAGAAGGCCACGGGAGAGGUCGUCCUGCGGGUGAGACAUGCCCCUAAGGACAUCAAGGUGUCGAUGAACCCUUCCACACGGAACGUCCGCGUGGGCGACACGGUGUCCUUCACCUGCACCGUGAACAGCAGCUACCCACCGAUCGCCACAUACCGGUGGUACAAGGAUGGCAUGGCCGUGGCCGACGAGCAGAUCCUGACCAUCCAGCAGGUCCGUCGCGAGGACUAUGGCCGGUAUCACUGUGAAGCCAAGAACUCGGUUGGGUCUGGAGUGGCCCCGGCCGUGACUCUCUACGUCUUCUCUGCAGAGAUCUCCAUCAGCCCGGAGGCCGAGGUGCGGGAGGGGACCACGGCUGUGUUGUCCUGCAACGUCCCUGGCAGGGAGAGCUGGGACCUCAGCUAUACCUGGUACAAGAACAGCAUGUGGCUCAAGGAGGGUCCUGCUCACUCGCUGGUGUUUCAUGAUGUGGCCGUCGGCGAUGCGGGCUACUACUCCUGCAAGGUGCAGAACGACCUGGGCAGCGUGUCGUCCCAGGCUGUCAGCCUGAGCGUGACAUAUCCUCCCCAGACCCCGACUAUUGCGCUGUUCCAGGAGGCGCAGGACGGCAAGCUGGCUAUCGUGCACUGCACCGUGGACAGCCACCCGGAGGCCACCAUGGCCCUCUACCACGACGGGAACCUGGUGGCCACCACCCAGUCCCACGCCGCACCCAACCAGCGGCUCAGCAUCACCACCUCCCGCAACUCCCUGCGGCUGGAGAUCCGUGCCGUGGUGCCCGCAGACAGUGGGGAAUACCGCUGCACGGCCAGCAACGCCUACGGCAACGCCACUGCUGCCAGGCCCUUCACCGUCCAGAUCCCACCAAGGCUACCUGUGAUGAGCUCCUUCCUAGAGACCCAGGGUGGGCACCUGGGCAUCAUUCAGUGCACUGUUGAGAGUGACCCAGAGGCCCAACUGACCCUACGCAGAGGAGAAGAAGUAAUAGCCUGCACGUGGGACUGCCAUGUAGCCACCAACCCGCGGGUCCAGGCGACCUCAUCAUACAACAGCCUGAAGGUGGAGAUCCACGAGGUGGUGCUGGAAGAUGAGGGGACCUACGUGUGCUUGGCAAGGAACCCGCAGGGCAACGCGAGCGCCUCUAUGGACUUCACGGCUGAGACUGCCCAGAUCCAGGUGGCCCCCUCCUCCCGCGUGCUGGAAGGCCAGGCCGUCAACCUGACCUGCGGGGUGAGCAGCGACUCCCCGGCUCCCUUUAACUUCAGCUGGUACCGAAACGGCCGGUGGCUCGCCGAGGCCUCGGCGGCCUCCCUGGUGUUUCGGCAAGUGGCAAGCGCGGACGCCGGGCUCUACUCCUGCAAAGUGACGACAGAGAGGACCAGCCGGAGCUCCGCCGCGGUCUCCCUGAACGUGCUGUACCCCCCGAGGGGCCCCCAGGUCGCUCUGUUUCUGGAGAUGCAGAGGGGAAGGCUGGCCAUCUUCCAGUGCUCAGUGGAGAGCAACCCUUCUGCCCAGUUGGACCUCUACAAGGGAGAGGAGCUCGUGGCCUCCAGCAACCCAGGGAGCAGCCCCAGCCAGCGGAUUGGCGUCACGGCCUCCCCGAACGCCCUGCGAGUGGAGAUCCGGGGUGUCACGCUGAUGGAUGAGGGCAGCUACCGCUUCGUCGCUACCAACGCGCACGGCACCGUGUCCCAUCGCCUGUAUUUCCGUGUGCAGACGGCCAGAGUCCUUGUUGUGCCAUCCACGGAGGUGAAGGAAGGAGAUCACGUCUCCCUGACAUGCGACUUGCUGGGAGAGCCGCUGAACGACACCAUCUACUCAUGGUACAAGAACAGCAAGCAAGUCCAAGAAGGCUCAGACAACUUCCUUGCCCUGCCCUAUGUCUCUAGUGAAGCCGUGGGCUCCUACCACUGCAAAGCCCACAGCCCCACGGCAGCCAGCACCAGCAUCUCUCCGUCCAUCAGCCUGCGUGUCUUCUAUCCACCCCACGAGCCUGUGUUGACAUCCUUCCUGGAGACGUCCAAUGGGCAGCUGGGCAUCCUGCAGUGCACUGUGGACAGCAACCCCCCGGCUGAGCUGGCCCUCUUCAAGGGAGACGUGCUUGUGGCUUCCACCACGUGGCUGCAGCCCAUGGCCCUGCCACGGCUCAGCGUGUCCUCCUCGCUCAACAGCCUGCGGGUGCAGAUUCGCGCCGUGGUGAUGGAGGACGAAGGGGAAUACGUGUGCUUGGCCAGCAACACCUACGGCAAUGCGAGCACCUCAAGGAACUUCACCGCGGGGACUGCCAGGGUUUGGAUCUCUCCCUCCCCGGACGUGCGCGAAGGGGAUGCCGUGAACCUGACCUGCGCGGUGGCCAGCAGCGGCCGGGGAGCCCUGAGCUACACCUGGUACAAGGACAACGUCUGGUUCAGCGGUGGCCCUGCCCCGUCGCUCGCCUUCCCCAAGGUGGCUGUCGCCGACGCUGCCUCCUACCACUGCGUCGUGCAAAGCCCCGAAGGGAGCCGGAGCUCUUCCCCCAGCCCUCGGGAAUGUCACCCAGCACCGCUCCGCCGAGCCCGGCUGUUUCCCAGUUACCAAAACAAGCGGUUUUCCUCAAUUCAGCUGCUUCUCUCUUCUCUUCUCGUUCCCUUUGCAGACCCCCCCAGGAACCUGCAGGUGAAGGCUUUCCUGGAGGCGGGCGAGGGGAGGGCAGCUAUCCUCACCUGCACCGUGGAGAGCAACCCGCCGGCCGAAAUAACCCUGCGCAAGGCCGGAGAGCUGGUGGCCUCCAGCCCUCCGCCUGCAGACUACUCCUGCCAGGCUCGGAGUGGGCAGAGCAGCCGGUGGGCUCUCCCCACCGCCCUGCGGGUGCUCUACGGUCCCCGGGAUGUGUCCUUCACGUCCUUCCUGGAGAGCCAGGGUGGGCGGCAGGCCGUCCUGCACUGCACCGUCGACAGCUACCCGCCCUCGGCCAUCACGCUGCGCAAGGGCUCCAGCCACGCGCCCCUGGCCUCCACGCAGGGCGCCCCCGACCCGCGCCCGCGGGCCCAAGCGUCUGAGUAG